UUUGGUUCUUGGCUGACUUCAUAUUCUAACAAAUAACUCCUUUUCACCUGACCAUGGAGAGAGACAGACGGCCAGGGGUGAGGGCGGCCUUGUUUUAGGCCACAUGGCAGAUGAGGCAGGUGUGAGGCCAGCUUGAGCCUCUGGACCCAUUUGUCUCAGGCUGCUGGCUGCUUGCCAUUUUCUCCUCUCCACCCUUAUUUGGAGGCCCUGACAGCUGAGCCACAGACAAGCCUGGGGGAGCUGGGCACCAGCCAAAUAUCACCCUCUGUUUCCCUGCAUGGGUACCAGUGUUGAGGAGAAAGAAUCCUGAGGCAUGGCGGUGAGAUAACCAAGGACUCUUUUUUGCUCUUCCCACACCUUUGAAGUGGGAGCCUCUUGAGUCAAAUCAGCAAGAAUUCAGCUCUUGCAGCUGAGGGUCUGGGGGGCUGUUGGGGCUGCCCGAGGCAGAGGGGCUGUGACAAGCCCUGUGGGAUGAUAACUUUAAAAGGGCAUCUCCUGCUGGCUUCUCUCUCGGCUGCUUUAUCGCUGCAAGUGACAGAAUGGGGAGGGUUCUAUCUUUCCUGCGUGCUUGAAGAGUUGGGAGGACUAUAAAAAGAGGAGGUGCUGGGCAGUUUGGAGACAGGGACGGACGUAGGCCAGGAGAGGGGAACUAGAGAGGAACCAGAGGGGAGAGACAGAGCAGCAAGCAGUCGAUCGCUCCUUGACUACACCAGCAUGGGCUCCUUCUCCACUGUCACCGUGAGCUUCCUCUUCUUUCUGGCAUUCCAGCUUCCAGAUCAGACCAGAGCUAACCCCGUGUACAAUGCCAUGUCCAACGCAGACCUGAUGGAUUUCAAGAAUUUGCUGGACCAUUUGGAAGAAAAGAUGCCUUUAGAAGAUGAGGUCGUGCCCCCACAAGUGCUCAGUGAGCAGAAUGAAGAAGCGGGGGCUGCCCUCAGCCCCCUCCCUGAGGUGCCUCCCUGGACUGGGGAUGUCAGCCCAGCCCAGAGAGAUGGGGGUGCCUUCGGGCGGGGCCCCUGGGACUCCUCCGAUAGAUCUGCGCUCCUAAAAAGCAAGCUGAGGGCAUUGCUCACUGCCCCACGGAGCCUGCGGAGAUCCAGUUGCUUUGGGGGCAGGAUGGACAGAAUUGGAGCCCAGAGCGGACUGGGCUGUAACAGCUUCCGGUACCGAAGAUAACAGCCAGGGAGGACAAGGAGGGCUGGGCCCUGGGGCAGAUGGCAAGAGACUCUUGUCCCCUGGGGUCUCUCCUGCAACUUCGUGUCAUCUCAUUGCCCUGGAGUUGUGAUCAUCCCAUCCAAGCUGUGGCUUCCUGUCAACACUUCUCAUAUUUUAUGCUAACUGUAGAUGAAGUGGUUUGAUUGUGGCUUCCUCGCCUCUCCCACCCCAUGCAUUAAAUUUUAAGGUAGAACCUCACCUGUUACUGAAAGUGAUUUGAAAGUGAAUAAAUUUCAGCACCAUGGACAGAAGA